GGUCGUCACCGUAACUAACCGCCGUUUGGAAAACCCUCUCUUCUUCUACUCUCCUCUCGUUACCCCGUCAAUGGAGCAAUCCAGCUUACAAUCACCGUCGUUUUACUAACCGCCGGCGGUCAUGUUCUUCAAAGAAUCGAUUAAACGGAGGCUAGCGUCUCUGUUGCGUCCAUGGCUGCAACAAGAACCGGAAUUGGAACUCGAACUUGGGUUAAUAACCGCUGUCGGACUCGCCAAGAACCUCCGCUUCGACACUCUGGUUCUCAAUCGACACCUAUUCGACGAGUCCAGUCGCUGGUCUUUCAACGACGUUACUGUCGAACGCUUGAGUUUUCGAGUAUCCUACUGGUCUGCCCCCACCUUCGUACUCGAAAUUCACGGCGUCCAUGUCACUCUAUCACUCGGGGAAUUUGAGCAGGAGAGAGGUUUGAUAGCGAAGCGGAAAUCGGUUGAUACGGCUCUGGAGGAAAGGAAGAAGAUUCUUGCAGAACUUGAUCCCGAGGGUACCGUUUUGCACGAAGUUAUGCAAAAGUUAUCAGACACCAUUUCCUCUAGAAAUCAGAAGACUUCUCUCCUUGGUGUUAUACUUAAUUGUUGUCAGUUGCAGAUGCAUGGCAUUCAUCUGCAAGUGCAGUUUCCCAGCUCAAAUGAUUCCAUUGGAUGUGCAUAUGAUAUAAAGGAGCUUCAUGUAGAAUCUCUGCGUACUGAGCAUGGGAGUCUUUUGAGAGUGCUGAUCUGUUCACUUUUUACUCCUUUGCAAGUGAACUAUUUCAGUUUUGAUAUGAAGGGUUUUGAGGUUGGCUUGAGGAGAAGAGAUCACAUCAGCUGUCCUUUACAUUCAACAGAUAUAUUCACUCGCAUCAAAUUGAAAGAUCUUGAGCUUGUGGACUUCAAUCUUAAUGUCCCAGAAUUAAGGUUUUCCAUUUCUCCAGCAGAGUUUUCUAUUAUUUUAGCAAUUUAUACACUCUCAUCCAAUCAACCCGAUUCUCCUAGAAAUGGUAGGCACCUAUGGAGCAUAGCUUCAAGCAGAAUUAGUUCUCUGAUUUCUGCUCCUAGAUUCUCAUUUCUGAAAUUGGUUGGUAUUGUCUGUCUGUGGCUUCAGUAUGUCAAUGCUUAUGAGAAUCUGCUUGUGUUAGUUGGAUAUCCUGCAGACAAUGUUAUGAAAAAGUCUGCUGUUAAGAUAUCUCAGGAUGAAAGAUUUUCACUGCCUUUUAGAAAGCAAUGGAGGAAUGUCUCUGAAAUUGAGAAGCAGCUGCCUGCUGAAAGUACUGCACGGGCAAGGCGAAUAGCCCGUCACAGAGCAGCACGGAGUGAUCAACAUGCAAAGGAUCAUCAUGAAAAAUCACGAGUCAGUAUAUUCUUCAAAUUCCUUAGAAGGCUCCUUGUACUCCUAGAACUUAUUUGGAGUGUUAUACACAGAAUAAUAAAAUCAUCAAUUCACUUACUUUUGCAAAUAUAUUGCAAUGACCAUGGUCAAAUUGAUGGACGGAUUGGAACUGUUUCUGAAAACUCCUGUGUGCAAAGUUGCUUCAGUUUAAGCAUAGGAAUGAUUUCAGUUGUUACUUUCCCAGUGAAUAAGGUUCAGUCUCUUGUUGGUGGGGAUCCAAGCUCAGCUGUUGGGAGCAUAUCACAGAAUUUACUUUCACUUUGCAUUUCAAUUGAUUGGUUGUUUUUGACAUCCUCAGAUAACCUUUUCCAACGGUCUUUUUCCUUUUCAUGUGGGAACUUGAAGAUGACAUGCUCAUCUCCUAGUAAAGAUGGCUCAAAGAAGGGCAGUAAUCACCUGGGAAGACACUUGAAAAAGAAACCUAACAGUUUCAGGAACAUUAUAUGGGUUGAGCCUGCAGAAAUGUUUUAUUUUCCGGAAAGUAAUGCAACAGAAACAACUACUACUGAAACUAGAGGAACUUCCAUGUUUUUGAGGAGACAUUUUGGUGAAAUAGGAUUAAAUUGGAAAAAGUCUUUUUCAAAAUUUGAAGGGAGUGGAAUAGGGCAUUUGGGAAACCCGUGGGUUCUUUGUGAAAUUAUAAGUUCUGUAACAGAUCAAAGCAGCAAAAAUUUGAACUCUGGGUUUUGGAAAUGCAGUUUGAUGGUGGGAAAAUUAAACUUUGUCUUGGAUUAUCAAACAAUACGGUUAACUGCUCUACUUCUUAGACAGAUUCAAGAUGCUCUUUGUUGGACUUCCAACAGUGGAAGAGCAAAGGUUGCUUUGCCUAUUCAAGUGACAUAUCAUGAGCCCCCGUCAGCCAUCAGUUGGGAUAGCAGAUGCAAUUCAUAUGUUGGUGAAAUGGAGAAGACAAUGCUUAAAAUACUCCCACAGAAACAUAUUCAAAUUGCAGUCUUCAUUGCUGGCCCUCUAAUACAGAUGCCAUUGGGAAAGGAAGGCUUCCAUAGUGAGCAUACAAAUGGAAGUGAUAUCACUAGGCAGGAUGAUAUUCACCUUGCACUUGAUAUUCACAACAUUGAAUUUUCUGUUCUGCCAACUGAUUUUGUGGCAUCCAGUGAGUGGGAAGGAUUGGAUGAUGCAAGAGAAGAAUGGCUUAAGUUUAAGGAGCCACGAGUAAUUAACAUUCCUGAGUCAAAUAAGGAAACAUACACAUGUCAUGGAAAAACUUCACUUGGUACUUACCUAAAGUUUAAUGGUUUAAAGGCUUACAUUGAUGACACAACAGUCAACCAGCAGGAUCAAAUUAUUAUGCUACAUCCGGUAACUGUCAAGUUUUCAUCUUUGAGGGAGGAUGUUUGUUCAUUUAGCACAGAAAUGAUGGCAUUCUCAGCAGCUUUGCAUGGUGCAGCUGCAGGACUUACUGCCUUGUUAUGUAUGGAUGAAUUGUUUGUUUACGUUAAGGUGCUUGUUCAGUUGUUCUCUGCCGUGUUGUGUGUUAAUUCUGGUUUUGAAUCAUAUGGUGGUGUAAGCUUUCAAGAAUUGGUCGCACAAGGAAAGGUGUACGAUGAUUCUGAGAGCAUAGCAACAAGGACAAAAAGGGUACCCUUGACCUCAACAAGGCCUCUUCUUCUUGUUAAGGGCACAUUUGAACUUGGUUCAAUGGAUAUGGUCCUCCAGAAUUCCAGGAAAAAAAAAAAUAUGGCUAAUCAUGUUACAACCUUUGACAGUGUAACUAGCAAAAAGUUGGCCCUGCAUGGCCUGCCUGAGUAUGGAAUUUUGAUAUACGUACAAGAAUCAAUUUUGGAUUUCUCUUUUGAAGAAUGGGAAGUGGAAGUUGUUGUGGAUUUAUCCACAAUUCGGUCUGUUAUCUUCAGAGAUUCAAGUGAUAUUUGGGAAACUUCCAAUCAAUCUCAGUAUAGAAGUCUGCUGCAUUCUCUGAGUGGCUUGUAUGAAAUAUUUAUUUCCCAUUGUGCAUUUGCUUUGGGGUUAGCGUUCCUUCAAGAUGACUUAAAUUUAGGAAGUGAGGGUGAAUGUUCUACUUCUGUUGGCAAUAUUUCAUACAAGGUGGAGGAUUCCUUUCCAGCAAGUGAUACUGAACAGUCAAGCACUCAGAGUUCCUAUCUUGGUCAGAAAUCGGGUCUGCCUCCAAGUAGGGUUACCCUAGCCUCUAAUCAAUUGUUGGUUAUGAACACGACAAUCAGUGAGAUUUAUGUGGCAGGAUUAUUUGUAAAGAAGUUUUUGCUUGGAGAUCAAAAAUCAAUUAAACAUAAGUUCUCACUUUCUAUUGGGAGAAAAUUUCAGAGGAUUUCUUGCCAAACUCAGGGUGGUUAUGUAUUCUUCGAAACAGCAGCAAUGGCUAUGUUUGUUGAAUGUUUUACUUCAUACUUCUCUUUCAUCAGAAAUCUUUUACAUGUUUUAGCAUCAUAUGAACAUCACAAGGCUACAGAAACAGGCGAAGACAUGGCUGUACAGGAUGGUCAUCGAAGCCAAGGGGAACAAAAUAUCCUUCAACAAAUGAUAUGGGGGAAGUUGGAAGUUCUUAGAGUAGAUCUCUCUCAAUUUUCCCUUUUUAUUGUGGCUGCUGAUGAAUCUGGGGGAGUUAAAGAACUUGGAUUCGAGACUGAAUUUCAUUUGAACCUUGAAUUGGCAAAUACUCAUAAAAGACUAUCAUUCGAUCUUUCACGCUUCUCUAUUCUUUCACAAACACUUAAUGGAAUUGUGGAACAACGAAUGAAUGAAAUUCAAAUUCCUCAUUUUUCUUCUCCCAUAUUAAUCGAUUCAUCCUCUCAUACUGUGCAUGGAGAUCCCACUGUGGAAUUUCAACAUAGAGAUGGGAUUCACUUAGUUUCUGACAACUUAAGUAGCUCAGGUCCUCAUCCUUUGCGAAAGGAAUCACCUGUGGAUAAGUCAGAGUCCAGAGUCCUGCAUGUAAGUCGUCAAAACUACAUCUUGAAACAGUUAGUUGCAUCUGUUGCAGUUGAGAAGCCUCUGCUGGGUGAGCAGGCCAGACCUCAGUUUCUAGAUCAGGUUUGGAUUGGUGGCUGUUCUAUUACAGGCCUUGAGUUAACAAUUUCUCUGCCUGAAAUUGAGAUGCUUUUAUCUACUGUUGAAUCCUUGUCUGGGGUUUCCAGCCAUGAGACUUCUCGCAAUGUCAAAAAGAGACGAUGGUCCAGUGACCAAGAAUCUGAUGGAAGUGUAAAUGAGACAGUUCCUGAUGGGGCUAUUGUAGCAAUCCAAGAUGUCAAUCAGCACAUGUAUAUGGCAGUUGAAGGUUUGGAUUGCAAGUACAGUUUGGUUGGUGCAGUUCAUUAUUCUCUUGUGAGAGAAAGGGCUCUUUUUAGGGUGAAGUAUCAGAAAAGAAAAAGAUGGAAGUCCUCAGUUUUAUGGUUCUCCUUAAUUUCACUGUAUGCUAAGAGUGAUUCAGGGGAAGCAUUGCGAUUGAAUUAUGCUCCGGGAUCUGGUUUUGUUGAUAUCUCUGCCAUUGAUGAGGGUGGGCAUUCACUUUGGAGAAUACUUCCUUGUAAGUCUUACAGCUAUGAUGAUGAUAAAGAGAUGGAGUUCUACAAUUUUUCAGCCAGGAAUACAUUUUACCUUGUGAACAAGAAGGUUGACUGCGGUGUUGCUUUUGUUGAUGGGGUUCCCGAGUUUGUCAGCAGAGUUGGAAAUCCUUUUAAGUGGAAAGUCUUCCAUGAUUUUCCUCUAGCUCCUGAUGGUUUGUCUCUGGCUAGUUACUCAGAGGAGGUUUCCAGAUCUAGCAUGCGACAGGAGUCAGAUGUGAAUGAAGAGAGAGAAUCUGGUAAAGCUGGAAAUCUUCCUCAAAUUAAUGUUAAGAUUGACAAAGUCAUUUUGACCAUUGUCCAUGAGUUUCAAGAUACAAAGGAAAUGUUUCCCCUCCUGCAGUCAUCUAUCAGUACAGUUGAAUUUAUUGUACAAAUUCUAUGGUCUAAACUGAGGGUUAUAAGCACAUUUUGUUUUGUGCUAUACUACUUUGAUGCCCAAUGCAACUUAUGGAAAGAAUUCAUUCACCCAGUUGAACUAUGUAUGUUUUAUCGCUCUCGUUUCCAGAUUAAGGGCUCAGAAAUUGAUUUGCGUAGCGUGCCUGUCCAUAUUUAUUCUAGAAUAAAAGAGUUUCGGAUCUCAGUAACUGAUCUUUCAUUGGACAUAUUUCUCUUUGUGAUUGGGAAGUUGAAUCUGGCUGGGCCGUAUGCAAUAAAAACUUCCACAAUUUUGGUCAACUGCUGCAAGGUGGAAAACCAGUCAGGCUUAAAUCUGCUUUGCCAUUUUUAUGAUAAUCAAAAUGCAUCAAUAGCUGGAAAACAGUCAAGUACCGUUCUGUUAAGAAGGAACUUGGCUCUUGUGAAUCAACCUCCAGAAGCAUCAUAUGUCUCAAUCCAGCUUGCUGAUCAAGGAGCCUAUUUGACUUCUCCUAUUAGUCUCUCUCUCUUAGAGGCUAGGUCACUUGCUUGGAGAACGCGUAUAGUGUCAGUACAAGAUCCCAGAACUUACCCUGGCCCAUUUCUUGUGGUUGACAUCUCGAGAGAAAGUGAGGAUGGUUUGUCAAUGGUAGUUUCUCCUUUAUUGAGGAUUCACAAUGAAACUAAGUUCUCUAUGGAACUUCGUUUUCAACGGCCUCAACAAAAUGUAGCAGAGUCUGCAACAGUGGUGCUCAAGUCGGGGGAUGCAGUUGAUGAUUCUGUGGCAGCUUUUGAUGCUAUAAAUUUGACUGGUGGAUUAAAGAAAGCAUUGAUGUCAUUAAGUGUUGGUAAUUUUUUGUUCUCUUUUAGGCCUGAAAUUACAGAGGCCUUGGCAGACUGUAAUAAAUCACUUUCAGUGGACUGGUCAGAUGAUCUUAAAGGUGGAAAGGCUGUUCGUAUCUCUGGGGUGUUUGACAAAUUAAGUUACAGAGUUCGGAAGGCUUUUUUGGUUGAACCAGUGAGAGAUUCCUUCAGUACCACACAUUGUUCCAUCAAAUAUGAAGAUGGGACAGUUGCUUAUUUACAUUUCCUAAUUCAGGGCAUAGUAAGAGAUAUACCAGUAAUACAUCCAGAUAUCUCUGGGUAUGCCUCUGGAAAUAGGGAUUCACCAGUUGCAUUGCUGGAGAAGAAGGAAAUAUUUAUUCUUCCUACUGUAAGGGUCUUCAAUUUGUUGCAGACAGAUAUUCAUGUUCUUUUAACUGAUCAGGAUCCAUGUGCUCCUACUGGUUCUGGAAACAUUGGAAACCAGGCUACUGUUCCAUGUGGGUUAACAGUUGAUUUAUAUGCUAACCCAGCCACUAUAUACUUCGUUGUUACUUUAGUGGAAUUUAAUUCAAGCUGCAAGCCAGUGAAUAGUGGAGACUGGGUUAAGAAAUUACAAAAGGAAAAGAAUGAUGUUCAUUAUUUGGAUAUUAACUUGGACUUUGAGGGUGGAAAGUAUUUUGCUUUGUUGAGAUUGUCCCGUGGCUAUAAGGGCAUGUUGGAGGUGGCUGUCCUCACUUCAUACACACUUAAAAAUGACACAGAUAUUCCUUUGUUGUGCUUUGCACCCAAUCAGAAGCCUCUUUCUAGGGAUGAGACAGAGAAACAUGGUUUUGUGAUUACUCCAGAUCUUGGAUCUUUUUUACCUCCAAAGUCCACCAGAUCAUGGUUCAUGAAAUACAACAAUGUGCGCCUGAAGUUAUUGGAAGAGAAAGCAUCUGAGGUGCAGUUGGACUUGGAUGCUUUAUCAGGCUUUACAGAGAUAAACCUGGAACUAGAGGAAAGAGCUGGGUUGAAACGCAUUGCGAAAUUGGGAGUGUCUAUAGGACCAUUUAUGAGUAAAGUAAAAGUCUCAUCUCAAAUAAUAUCUAUGGUCCCUCGAUAUGUUGUAUCCAAUGAAUCACAGGAAGCUAUUAUGAUCCGUCAAUGCUAUUUUGAGGAUGGCAUGGAAGAGAUGCUUACCAUCAGAAGAAAAGAGAAAAUAGCAUUGAAAUUGUGGAGUGGAUCAACAAAGAGACAAAUUAGUGUCUUUGAGAAACUUGCAGUCAAGCACCGCAAUUCUCAGGAUGAUUUAUCAGCAUUCAUCCAGUUUUGUCCAAAUGUGGCUGGUUUGAGCUGGUCAGGUCCAGUAUGUGUGGCUUCCCUGGGGCGUUUUUUCCUGAAAUUUAGAAGAUUAUCACCUAUUUCUGUACAUCAAUCUGAUCAAGUAACUGCAGAUGGAAAUAGUUCACCAGAAUUUGCUGCUAUUCAUGUGGUGGAAGAGAGUUCUAGUCUUGUUUUACGUUUCCACAAACCGCCCAACGUCAAUCUGCCAUACAGGAUUGAGAAUAACUUGCAUGCAUCUAUCACCUAUUAUCAGAAGGAUUCUUCAGAGCCAGAGAUUCUAGGUGCUGGAAGUAGUGUUGAUUAUGUCUGGGAUGACUUGACUCUUCCUCGUAGGCUGGUUGUCCAAAUCAACGGUAUGAAUCUUUUACGUGAAAUUAACUUGGAUAAAGUCCGGCCAUGGAAAGCAUUUUAUAGAGUCAGCCAACACAGACUAUUUGGGGUUCAUUUGCAUUCUGAUAAAGAGCCUGCAGAUCAUAACAGAACUAGUUUUGGUGAAUCAAUUGGCACACAUAUUGUAAGCGUGGGAUAUGAGAUAUAUGCAGCUGGCCCCACUCGGGUGUUGCAGUUAAGUGAGUUUCGUGAGAGUCACAGACGAGAUACACUAAUCCACUCAAGUAAAAAGAUACAACUGAGAAUCUCCUCUCUUGCACUCAACUUGCUUGAACAUGUGAAGCAGGAGAUGGAUAUGAGUAAAGCAUCAAUUUACUCACCAAUUGCAGUUGUGAGACUUGGAAACAUCAAUUUGGAUUCUAUGCUUACUCAUAAGCACAAGUACAACAAGAUCACUGUGCAGUCACUCAGUGUAGAUCAGAAGUGGGAAGGAGCUCCUUUUGCAGCAAUGCUUCGGAGACAUCAAUCAUACCAUGGUAACUCAAAUGAUGAUAUGAUCCAUAUAGUUUUCGUCCUACUUUCAUCCAGUUCCAAGGUGAAACAAGUACAGUACUCAUCAGUUCUUGUAAGGCCAAUUGACUUGAAUCUUGAUGAGGAAACACUAAUGCGACUUGUUCCAUUUUGGAGAACAUCCCUCAGUGAUUCGAGUACUCAGAGUCAACAAUAUUACUUUGAUCAUUUUGAGAUCCACCCAGUAAAGAUCAUAGCAAGCUUUCUUCCAGGGGAUUCAUAUUCAAGCUAUAGCUCAGCACAGGAAAUGUUGAGAUCUUUGCUACAUAGUGUGGUAAAGAUCCCUGCUAUUAAGCGUAUGACUGUGGAGCUCAAUGGGGUCUUGGUUACUCAUGCUUUGAUUACCAUAAGGGAAUUGUUUAUUAAAUGUGGACAACAUUAUUCAUGGUAUGCCAUGAGGGCAAUCUAUAUGGCAAAGGGAAGCCCUUUGCUUCCACCAGCUUUUGCUUCUAUUUUUGACGACUUAGCAUCUUCCUCUCUCGAUGUCUUUUUUGAUCCUUCUAGUGGCCUGAUCAGUAUUCCAGGUUUAACAAUAGGUACAUUCAAACUCAUCAGCAAAUGUAUUGAUGGUAGAGGAUUUUCUGGGACAAAACGUUACCUUGGAGAUCUUGGACAAACUAUUAAAACAGCUGGUUCGAAUAUACUCUUUGCUGCAGUCACUGAAAUAUCAGACUCAGUGCUAAAGGGUGCAGAAGCAAGUGGUUUUAAUGGAAUGGUGAAUGGUUUUCACCAAGGAAUAUUGAAGUUGGCUAUGGAACCGUCAGUACUGAGUGCUGCUUUCAUGGAAGGUGGCCCAAAUCGAAAAAUUGUACUUGAUCAAAGUCCUGGGAUUGAUGAGUUAUAUAUUGAAGGGUACCUGCAAGCUAUGCUAGAUGCGAUAUAUAAACAAGAAUAUCUGAGAGUCAGAGUUAUUGACAAUCAGGUGUUUCUCAAAAACCUACCCCCAAAUAGUUCCCUUAUAGAGGAGAUCAUGGACCGUGUGAAGGGCUUCCUUAUUAGCAAGGCAUUGUUGAAGGGAGAUUCUUCCGUAGCUUCUCAACCUCUAUACCAUCGUCGUGGAGAUAGUGAGUGGAAAAUAAGGCCAACAGUACUGACAUUGUGCGAACACCUCUUCGUGAGUUUUGCAAUUCGUCAGUUGAGAAGGCAAGCUAGUAAGUUCAUAGACAGGAUGAAAGGGAAGAAGAAAUCUGUGGGUGAUGAUCAGAAAGCCAUUAUCCCUGCUACUGCCAUCCAAGGACAGAAGAUGAAGCUUUCGUGGAAAUGGGGAAUUGGCAAGUUUGUGCUAUCUGGGGUGCUUGCCUAUGUUGAUGGACGCUUAUGUCGCAGUAUUCCUCAUCCUGUAGCAAGAAGGAUAGUUAGUGGGUUUUUGUUAAGUUUUGUCGACCAAAAUAACAAUGAAUAAACUUAAAUGUUUUGCAUUUUCUAGUCACUGGAGCAAUGAAGAUGGAAGGCUUGUAGAGCCGAAAUUGUGCCGUAGUUCAAUGGGCUCAUACGUUAGGGGGUAGGCUGCCUCUUUUUGUAUCGUGGAAUCAAACCAUGUAAUUAUUCUGAUGAGGACGACCCGAGAAGGCUCUUUCUACUUCUAGCUAGUUUGGGUGGUUCAGUGGUGAAUUGACUGUUAAAUAAGCCUUGAAGCACGAAAGUUGAUGAUAAAAAGUAAAAUCAAAGUAAUCAGUUAA